UUUGUUUCUCCUUUGUGGGUCAGGUCUGGUAAGUUCGCGCUGUUUGUGGCCAUACUUCUGCACGUGCUUGGGCCCGGUGGUGGAUUUUCUUCUUGUGUGGUGUGGCCCUUAGCAUUAAGAUGAAUCAAGAUAGAUCCAAGUUAACGGCGGCUAAGCCUAAAAGAAGUCCAAAGGGGCCUCCCUUGGUUACUUCUAAUGUCCUCUUGUGUGCCGGAAGUUCCAAGCCCACUUCACUUUCACCAUCUCCAAAGAAGGACACUAGUAAACAUGAACCUUCUAGUUCUACUCCAAAGAAGGUUUUUCACCCAGUUAUUAAUUCCACAACCGUGGUUCGGCGUUCAGGUGAUCUCCAUAUUCCCGUCAAGCCCUAUAAUCCAUCUGUGGAGGAGGCGGCAAACCUGGGUAGCAACACGGCAUCGAUUUAUAAGCGUGCCAAUGCACCCCAUACUUCGCCAAAAACACGACGCGUCCGUUCCAGUGCUGCUGUGCGACGUACCUCUGCCUCGGCAAGGGCCGCUCAGCACGACACUCAAAGGCGCGAUGCCCAGGAUCAAACCAGGCCAGACCUCAUUGAAUUGGAAAGUGACGAGGGAGACCUUGACAGUGACUCGUCCCAUAUGGAAGGCUCGAGUGCUCCUCCUACUACACCACCAAACCAGCAUACUUCUAUACAAAAUGAAGUUGCGGAGCCUACUCCCUCACAGUCCGACUUGGAGAACCAGGCCUUGAAAUAACUUUCGCUGCGUAUUACCUGUGAUGAUAUACUGCGCUCUUCACCAUGGAUCUGUCUGCCGCUAUGUGUCCCCACACCAAUUUUGGAUUUAUAUCGAAUGAUGGCUAAAUGGCCAUUACUCAUGCUGCUUCUGGACGCAACGUGUGACCCAGAUUGUACACAUUACUGUCAUCUCGUCUGCAGUUUGGAAAUCAUCUUGGUGACCUGUUCCAAUCACCUAUUUUGUUAUAUGGCAGGGCUGCUGUCUUCCUGUUGGAUGUUGCUGCAACGCGGGACAAAUAUUGAUUUAUUGCGGAUAUAUUUAUCCCAACGAUACUUCUCAAACGCCUUGAUGCAGGAAAUUCGGACCCAACCUCGCUACAAAUAGACAAACAUUCAUACAGUAAAUAUUACAAAUUACUUAAAUCAAUCAUCCAUAACCAUACACAACAUUCAUAACUGCAUUUAAAUACCGCAAUACAUAAUAACUAAUUCAUUUUUCAUACAAGUAUAUCAUCGGCUAUAUAACCUUUUUAUUUUCACCACAUAAUCAAAAUAUAAACAAAAUAUAUUGGCUUUUAAAUUCACAUACAAAUUAAUUCACCUAAUUUUUAAUCUUAUCACAAUAAUCAUCUGCCUGGAGCCCGGAUCUCUCAUCCCUGUAACCAAUGUUCGCAAAAUUAUGGACACACGCGACCUCGGAAGGGACGCCCAUACUCCUUACGCUUGGUGUUACAUCCUCCUCCAUUAAUUCCUGACGUUCGCAAAUUUAUUAAUGCAUCAUGGUCCGGACAAUUCGUCGACAUUUCUGCUUCUCGUUAGUUAAAAAA